GGGGAGUCAUGCCGUGAGGUGGGCGUGACUUUUACAGGAAGCUCCUGGGCUCAGCGGAGUUUCUUUGCAAAGGCACACGUAGAGAGGCAGCACAGCCAUGGAUCAGACACAGCUCUUGGAUGAGGCUCUCAGUGCUGAAGAGGAGGAGCCGGGGGUGAAUGAGGAUUCAGCCAGCGAGGGGAGCCAGAAGCUGCCAAUGGGCAGACUGCGACUCUUCAGCAGCGCACGCGUCAAAGAGACAGAUUUCCAGCUGUUUGCAGGGGAGAACACGGUGGGGCGUGAGAAGCCGUGCACAGUGGCCCUGCUCGCGGGGUCGGUAUCGAAGCGCCACGCUGUCAUCGAGAUCGAGAGGGGCUCCCACCUGCUGUGGGACUGCGGCAGCCUCAACGGGACACGCAAGGGGCGCACGCAGCUGAAGCCUCAGGUGCGAUACGACCUGCAGGACGGGGAGCUCCUCGUCUUCGCAGACCUGCCCUGCCAGUACUUCAUCCUGCCUCCGGGGCGAGCAAUUGAGACAAGCAAUCAAAUCGCUGUCUCCGUCAGGAAGAAAGAAGCAGGACCAGCUUGUGAUUUCAAAACGCCCUCCAGUAAGAAUGUUAGAUCAGUCCCAGUGGAAACAACUGCGACUCCAAAGGAAUCUAAAGGGCUGAUCGAAAGGACAGCCAAUGGCAGCGCAAAGUUUCAGGGGACGGACCCAGCGAUGGAACGACCAGCCAAUCAGAAAGCUGAAGAGGGAAACGGUGGAGGAACAGGAGGCGGGAUCAGAAUGGUUGACUCGGUCAGUGAUGAUGAUGAUGAUGAGGAUUAUCUCAUGCUGCAAGAUACUCAAGCCCAGGUGGGCACCCGCUCGCUGGCAUUGGAAGAAACGCCUGCCCCGCCAGGAAGGGGAUUCGCAACACCCCUCGUCGUGGACUCUGAGGAGGAGGAGGAGGGGGAGAGGAAACUCAACGACACUUCGGAAGGUUCUGGCCCCAUAAACUCCACAUUCCUCUCUCCAGGGGCCACUGUCAUCCCUGAAAGUGAAGAUGAAAGCUCCAUUACUCCAGGCACUGGUCCCAACGUCCAAGCUGAAAAGCUCCUUUAUGACACCGACACAGACGCCUCAAAAGAUCAGUCCACAAACAGGAGCAAAGGGGUCAAGCCAAUGCCUUUACUGGUGAGCAGCGACACAGAUAGCGAAGACCUGGCUGCUCAGAAAGGCCACAGCAAAUCAAAAUUAAAAACCAAAAGGCCAGCAGAACGGAGGAGAUCAACAGCAGGUAAAACCAGGGGGGAGAGGUCGUCCAUCGAGGGGCCACAGGACAGCGACUCAGAAGAGCUUACCGGGACGAACGGUCAGGAAGAGAAGGCUGUGUGGACCAGGAUCAAGGACCAACAAGUGUCUGAGCACUCCAGGUACAUUCAGAGAUUGGAAGAGAAGGGAGUGCAGAUGGUGGGGAGGACACCUGGAGACAAAACUGUGGAGAGCAACGAGAAGGAUGAGGAUAGUAGAUUGGGGGAGAAUAGCAAAGGAGGGAAAGCGCUGGCUGUCUUCCAGCUUGACAGUGAUACUGAUAUUGAGGAGGAAGAGGAAAGAAAGGAGAAGACGGACUCUGCUGCUGGAAGUGGCAACCAAGUGGGGGCACCAGAACUACGAGAAGCUACAGUUCGUUCUGCUCCUGUAGGACUUGAUGCAUUCCAUCUGGACAGUGACACUGAUGUUGAACAAGAAGCGGAGGAGCAACCUGUGGAAAAGCCCUCCAUCUGUGCAGUCAAGGCUGGCUUAAAUGCUGACUCCAUCUCUGAACAGCAACCCCAGUCUGGUACCGGUCCUAUAGUGCUGAACGCCUUUCAUGCUGACAGUGACACUGAUGUGGACGAAGGAGAAAAGGAGCAACCUGUGGAAAACUCUUACAACUCCAAGGGUGGGUUUGAUGUUAACUCCUCAAGUCAGGAGCGGUCACCCACAGCCACAGCUGCUCCUGGCCUUAUCGCUCUAAAUGCGUUUCAUCUGGACAGCGACACUGAUGUGGAUGAAGAGGAUAUUGAAGAGCAGCCCGUGGGUGAGCCCUCCAGCUCUGCAACCAAGGCUGGGUUAGAUGUUGAAUCAUCAACAGAGCAACAAGCAUCCACCACUCCAGUUGCCCCUGUAGAGGUGAAGGCUUUUCAUCUGGACAGUGACACAGAUGUUGAAGAAGAUGAAGUCAAGUCUUUCAGCUCUGCAACCAAGGCUGGGUUAGAUGUCGCGAUCUCGACUGAACAGCAGGCACCCUCAACCUUGACCACAAGUGCCACUGGCCUGCAGAGCAUCUUCCAAUCGGACAGGGACACUGGCGUGGAAGACAAAGUGGAGUUGUCUGAGCCUGACGCGACUGCAGAGGUUGAAGAAGGAAAGCCAAGCUCGCCACCGGACAAGGGUGCCACCAGUCUCCAUGGUGACAGUGACACAGACGUGGAGGAAGAGAAUUUGGCGCCAAAAGCCGGCAAAACAGGACUGGAUCUCAUGAAACAGGACAGUGAUUCAGAAGCUGAAGCUGGUGCAGCAGCAGACACAUCCAGCCUUGAUGAAGAGGCUACACAGGCAUUCACCUUCCUGCCUGCCAAGGGGCGAGAUCAGGGGGCCUUCAAAGAGCCAUUUGCAUCCAGUUUUAUCAGAAAAAUCCUGCCCUCUGCAUCAGGUAGAGGUUCUCAGAGACCCCUUGGACACCCUGUGGAACAGAGUGAUGAGGAAGAUCUUGUUGUCGCUGAGACUCAGUCUUUCUGCACCGAUGCCGAUAGCGUUGACUCAGUUGACCUAGCCUUAGAAGCUACCCAGCAGUAUGAGUGUGGGUUGGACCAAUCCAAUGAGACAGCGGAAGAGCCCACACAAGUCUACAGUUUCGACCUGGGAAAUAAGGCACGGGCGACCCAAGGUGGCGGUCUCCGACUGGCUCUGUCAGAGGGCACAGAGACCGAACCGACCCAGGCGUUCAUGCACGAGGCGGACACUCAGCACCUAGCACAGACUGCGAAUGCUCUGGAGUCAGUCUGGAGUGCAGAGCAGGAAGAGACAACCCUAGACUUCAACUGCGUCCAGUCUGCGGUAUCCAAACCCACAACCGACCGGAAACCAACCUGCGCUAGCAAUGCUACCGCUGAUCAUGAUGCAGAGACUCAGCCCAUGCUUUUCGACCCCUUUGAUGACAUAGAGGCUGCUGAAGAUGCACAUGUCCAGUGUGAAAGCCGCACCGCGCCUUCCUUCACUACUGCAGAGACUCAGUUCAUUGAGUUUGAGACCCAAGAACAUAACGAUACCCAACCUAUUGUUUCACACCAGCAGCCUUGUGAAUCCAAGCAAGCACAGUCCGUCCUCCCAUAUGAGAUGGAAACAGCUGCUGCAGAAACUCAGCCUGUGGACUCUGAAGCAGCUGGUGCAGACACACAACUCAUAGGAUUCAAGCUUGAGAGCCAGGCUGAGUCUCUGACAAGUGGAGAUGCCAAAGUUGAAGCUGUGCAGUUCACUAGCAAAACCUUCCAGAAGCAGCUUGGAUCAGAGUCUGAGAAGGAGUCUGUGUUGGAAUUCAUGCAGGAUACAGUGACCGUCAGAGCACGUGGACACAGUAGGGGUUCCACAACAGUCUCCAGUGCUAAGAUUAGUGAUGACGGAAGUAGGUCUGCCGGUACAACUACUCGGGAGUCAGAGGAAUCAUGUGCUUGCCUGGAUGCCAGCACGCAGUCCAUCAGCUUCCAGUUGUAUCUGCCAGAUGGAGAGGCCUGCAGUAGUGAGCAAGAGAAGAAAGAUGCAAGGAAUGAUGAUGCCCACCCUGUGGAUUCCACAGACCCAGUGCCACUAGAUAGAGAGGAACCUCUGACCAAAGACACAGUGGCUGUGGGAAAAACUCCAGAGGAAAUCUCAAGUCAAGGUGGUAAAAGUGGGAAUAAAGGCAAGAAGGGAAAGGCAGCUGGAAUUGUCGGCCAGGCUGCAGGAGAUUCAGGAUCAAACCCCUUGGUCGAAGAUGAAUGCAGAAGUAAAGGGGCAGCAAAAAGAGGAGGUAGACUCCAACUCGGCAGACAUCAGAAGAGAAAAGAGACUGAGGCAGAAAAAGGACAGGGAGAAGGAGAAAGCAACGUAGCUUCAGGAGAAAAUGUGGAGCAGCCAGUGGUAGGUGGCAGGAGUGAUGGAGGAGAUGGACCCAGCUGUGAAGAAUGCAUGGAAGGUGCUAGUGAGAUGUUAGUAGAGAGCACAGAGCAGGUAGCGACUGUAGAGGAAACUGGACCGGGAAGAGAAGAGUAUCCCAGUGGUAGUGCUGAAGCAUCUGGAAGCAAGAGUGAGCAGAAGGAUGGAGAGAAACAGGAGGAAGAGGAGGUGGAAGCUGGCACCACUCCAGGGGGUUUGAGUAGCAGACGGAAGUCGAGGGUAACCAAACAGCAAACUCCGAGGGACAGAGGCAGAGCCAAAGCUGCAUCAAAAGCUGCCUCUUCUGCAUCUGGAGCUGGGAGAGGCCUUGUUCUUGCUAUGGAAGAACACGGUUCGGAGAAUCAACAGAGGAAAGAAAAUGAGGAACCGCAGGGAAUGAAGGAACCCAAGAUAGCCCCAAUCUUCCUGAGGAAAUCCAUGAAAGGGCCGACCGCAGAAGCACAGGAGACCCCUGUGAGGAGAAGUGGCAGAGCCGCGAGAACAUCUACAGCUUUGGAGACGGCAGAAGUGUCACAGGCAGCCGGAAGAGUCGGCCUCAGGAAAAAGAGGGGGGUGACAACAGCUAGGGAGGAGGAAGAAAAUGUGAUGGAAGAACAGGAGCAUGUUGGUCUGAAGCGAACGCGGACAGCUGAGGAUAGAGGAGAUGCUGUAGAGAUCUUGCAUCUAGCUGAACAGCAGCAGCCAUCAGAAGGGGAUUCGAGGCAGAGUGAAAGGGAAAUAAUGGAGAAGAUUUCUGAAGUUAAGGGACGGGAAAGUAGCCGGAAGAGGCUUCUUUCAAAGGCUGCCCCUGUCCUGGUUUUGGAGGCAAGUGAAGAAGAGGCCCCCAAUGCGAGAGGCACGAGGCAGGCUGAUUCUGGGUAUAUUCAGCCAGAGCCAAGAGGGCUAGAAAAGACUGUGGAAGCUGGAAAAAACCCUAAGGGGAGGGGAGGCAAGCAGAAGUUGCAGUCAGAAUCAGACCCUCUCCUGCUGGAGACGAGCGAAGAAACAGCAUCUGAGGUCAGUCAGGAAGAAGUCCUGAAAGCGAGAGGCCGAAAACAAGAAAAGUCUGUUCUUCCCGAGGCAAGAAAAGAAGCAGCUUCAGUGGUUGAGCAAUUUAAGGCGAGAGGAAGGAAUCUGGUCCGCUUCGGAGCAAGUGAGCAAGAUGCAGCUGGAGAAGUGCCUGAAGCAAGAGCCAAGAUAGGAAAGAAGCAAGCCAGUAUGUCUGAUAAUCUCUCAUUGGAGGCAGGUAGUGAAGAAGCUUUUAAGGUCAUCCAAACUUUGGUACCAGAAAUUCAGAUGGAGCCAGCUGAGCAAGAGGCUAGUGAAGAGGUGCCAGAGAGGAAAGGCAAACGAGCCAGGAAGCAAGCAAAGACUGACUCGGAGGCCAGUGUAGGGGAGGUGGAGCAGACACCCGUGCCAAGAGGCAGGAGACAGGCUGGAUCCAUUCAGUUGGAGGCAAACGAACAAAGAGGGAAAAAGAAGCCAGAGGAUAACGAGGCCAGUGAGACCAUAGCAGGGCCUAAAGCCAGGGGAAGAGGUGGACGGAGACAACCCAGGACAGCAAGAGAUGAAGAGGAGGAGGAGCAGCUCCAGCCAGCCUCAGAGGGAGAAAACUUUAAAAUACCUUCAGUCAAAGGGAAGGGUGGCAGGGUCAGUCGGGCGAGGUCGAAGGACAGUAGCGAAGAGGCAGCAGGGAGCAAGGAAGAUACGCCUACAGCUACAGGGAAGACAGCCAAGUCAGAAGAGCCCCAGCUGCAGGCGGAGGCAGAGCAAAGAGUCCCAGAGAAAGGGAGAAGGAGAGGCAGACAGGCAAAGACUGAGCCCCAGGAUGAGGAGGCAGGAUCCUCGGAGCUAGAGAAGGGCAGCAGCCUUGAGGGGAAGGGAAAGAGACGCAGGGGAGGGAAGUCGACAGCCUCCCAGAGAGAGGUGGAAGAGGACAGGGUGGACACUGAAAGCAAUGCCAGCGCCAGCUCUGAAGAACAGGGGGACAAGAGAAGACGAAAGCAGGAGGUUCCUCGGACUCCCUCCCCUCAGGGUUCCACCGGCUCCGCCUCCUCGUCCCGAAAGCGACGCCCACAGAGCCUCGUCACGGGGUCCCAGGGCACGCCCCCCGACCCCAAGACCCCCCGGCGAUCCACGAGCCGAGGAUCCAUCACUGGGGUCAGCCCCCGUCUGACAGGAAGCAGCUCGGUGCCUAAGAUCCUGUUCACAGGGGUGAUCGACGACUGCGGGCUGGAGGUGAUUGAGCGGCUGGGUGGAGAGAUGGCAGAGUCUGGUCACGACUGCACUCACCUGAUCACAGACCGCGUGCGCAGGACCGUCAAGUUCCUGUGCGCCGUGGCCAGGGGCAUUCCUGUCGUCACCCCUGAGUGGCUUGAGAAGUGUGGGAAGAAUGGCUGUUUCCUGUCUCCCAAUGCCUUCCUGGUAAAGGACGUGGAACAGGAGAAGAACUUCAGCUUCAGUCUGGCAGACUCCCUGAUCAAAGCAAGGAGGAAGCCCCUGCUGGAGGGCUAUGAGGUCCAUGUGACUCCGAAUGUGAAGCCAGAGCCAGCGCAGAUGAAGGAGAUUAUUCAGUGCAGCGGGGCCAGUUACCUGCCAAAGAUGCCUAAAGUCUACAAGGACAGGACAGUGGUGAUCUCCUGUGUGGAAGACGCUGCCAAGUGCAAAUCAGCUCUUGGGGCCUCUAUCCCUGUGGUGAAUGCAGAGUUCCUUCUCACAGGGAUUCUGCAGCAGAGUGCUGAGCUGGAGCGACACAGCCUGCAGGGACCCGGCUUCAACAGGCAGGGGGCGCCAGCAGACCGGACCAGCACAGCUGGGGGGAGGAGACGCAGAUAGAGAAGGUUCCCGCUGCCACUCGAAUCACUGCACUGCUUGACUUUCUUUGAUCAAUGUCUUUGCCAAAAAAAUCAUACUAGCAAAGGAUGCAUUUCUCGGAGUUUUAAGUAAUUUAAAAUCUAUUUUCCAUGAGCCUCUUGUAAGCCCUAGCAAUGUUAUUACUGGUUCCUGGAUAAAGAAAAGCUAACCAAGGCUUUAAAAUAAACAUCUUUGGAUCUUAGUUAAUAGCACCAGCAACAUAUUCAGGUUAUUAAUUUUUAAUUGGAUUUUGUAAGAAAUGGUCUGCAGUUCUGCAAAAGCAUUCUGUGAUAAUGUUGUGAUAAGUUAUGUUAAGAAAUGCAAUUUUAAAAGCUGAUUUAUUUGUUGUAAAUGUAUGUUCUGAAGGUGGAUCACUUCCCCGAUUAUCUAGUAACUGAGCUGCAACCCAGUUACCUGCCUUCCAAUGCAUUCCUUCAUUUCUGCCUUUUCCAAGACAAAAGAGGAAGGGAUCUCUGUUGUCUUGUCAAAGGUGUAAUUGUGAAAUCCUGGAUGAUUUUUAGACUUACUGCAUCACUAAUAUAAAAUACAGUGGCGAUAAUUCUUUGUCUUACCCUUUACAAAUUAAUAGAGUGUGGUGCCAUGAUAAAUGGACUUCACCAUAUACCUAAUGGAAAUAAUUUGGGAAAAAGAAAAACAUUUAAAGAUAAAUAAUGGACUACAAGGAAAGAUAAUGAGAGUUUUGAAAGAUUCAUUAAAUCUGUAAUGACAUUAUUAUCCUCUGCUGUUAUUUGAGACCAAAAGAUCAAAGAUGUUUUUGUAGAAUCAAACCCAUUGCAGUAGCAUUUUUAUUAAAGUGUGAAUCCGAGCUGAUCCCAGCACAAGGAGACAUGAAUCAACGUGUCCUGCUUUUAAAACAGAAGGGCCCAUGAAUAGAAAUACUAGGAUUUGUGUUUGU